AAUGACAUUAACCAAGAUGGCGCCGGGAGACAGAGGAAAGUGAUGCCAGAGAGGAACAACAAGCGCCACAGCUGCCACCACAGCGUGCACAUAUCCCCCCUUUACAGCGUCCUGCAACCAGGCGUGUGCGAGGUCUCCGAGCCGUUGAGCGCCCGAGGAGCCGUUGAGACUAACGGGCUGCUCCGCGAACUGUUUGCUAACGAGCGGCUAAACGUGGCUAACGUUUAGCUUUCUUUAACUGCGGAAGGCGAGUGAGGGAGGAGGCAACAGCCCCAAGUUGAAGAGCGAUUGUUCUUUUUUUUUUUUUUUUUUUUUUUUUUUUUUAAAGUGACGUUUCUAUAUCGCACAUUAACCGGCGGACUCGGUUGGACUCGAAGCGGUUUGUCGGAGGGGGGGAAGUCACGGCUCUGAUCUGAUAAGGAGAGCUGAAGAGUCGAGGAGAGGCGUCAUCUUUGCUUCUUUGACGCCAUGGCUCACUCCCCUCUUCAGAGUGGACUACCGGGGGUUCAGAAUUUCAACGCCGAUCCAGAGGAACUUUUCACCAAGCAGGAGCGGAUAGGAAAAGGCUCCUUCGGAGAGGUCUUUAAAGGAAUCGACAGAAGGACUCAGAAAGUCGUGGCCAUUAAAAUCAUCGAUCUGGAGGAGGCCGAGGAUGACAUAGAAGAUAUUCAACAAGAAAUCACGGUGCUUAGCCAAUGUGACAGUCCCUUUAUCACCAAAUACCACGGAUCUUAUCUCAAGGGUACAAAAUUAUGGAUUAUCAUGGAGUAUUUGGGAGGAGGAUCUGCUCUGGAUUUGUUGGAGCCAGGUGCCUUGGAUGAAUCACAGAUCGCCACGAUCCUGAGGGAAAUCCUGAAAGGGCUCGAGUAUCUGCACUCUGAAAAGAAAAUCCACAGAGAUAUCAAAGCCGCCAACGUGUUGCUGUCAGAGCAAGGCGACGUAAAGCUGGCGGACUUCGGUGUGGCGGGUCAGUUGACCGACACGCAAAUAAAGAGGAACACUUUCGUAGGAACGCCUUUCUGGAUGGCUCCCGAAGUCAUAAAGCAAUCUGCCUACGACUCAAAGGCAGAUAUCUGGUCGUUAGGAAUAACGGCUAUAGAGCUGGCUAAAGGAGAGCCGCCCCACUCUGAGCUUCAUCCCAUGAAAGUCUUGUUCCUCAUCCCAAAGAACAAUCCACCGACGCUGGAAGGAAACUACAGCAAACCCCUGAAAGAGUUUGUAGAAUCCUGUUUGAAUAAGGAGCCUAGCUUUAGGCCAACGGCCAAAGAGUUGUUAAAACACAAAUUCAUCGCGAGGCACGCCAAAAAGACGACCUACCUGACGGAGCUGAUCGACAGAUACAAGAGGUGGAAGUCGGAGCAGUCGCGAGAGAACUCGAGCUCCGACGAAUCGGACGAGGAGCUGGAGAAGGGCAGCAAAACUAAACCCAACGAAAACUGGAUCUUCGGCACCAUCAAGGACCACAGUCCAGUUGAGGAGUCGCCACCCGGGCCUGUGGAGGAGGCUGAGCCCGUGGAGCUGCAGGUGGAGGACACUUCUGAAAACCUUUCAUCACAAAGUCUAACAUCAAUAUUCUCUCCAUUGUUCUCUGAGUUGAGAGAAACGGGCGAGACGAGUAACGGAAAGCCAGAAGCUGCAGAGGAGCUGAGGGAGGCCAUUUUCCAGGCUGAGAACAUACACCCUGGGAUCUGUGACUCUCUGGUGGCCGAACUACUGCAGAGACUUCAGAGGUUUUCUGUGCCGUAGGCGGCUGCCGCUCGGCGACGGCCGUCACUUUCCGCCCCGUUCUGCUUUCCCACCCUGACGGCAGCAGUCAGACCUCCUCCUCCUCUGACCUCCUCAGCUGAGAUGAAGUCUCCCAGGAAGGUCCACCUCCCCCCGUUUGCCUGAAUCGAAGCCUCCUGACCUCCUCACUGUCCGUCUAUCUGCUAGCAGAGCAUCAGAGGGUUGCUUAUCCAGCUGCUCUCCGGUGUCCCCUCUCUGCUCCUCUUUCUCAACUGUUUUAUUUUUAGACUGAAGUUGGUGAUCUUUCUAGGAAAGUCUUAGAUGUUUGCUGUUUUUUUUUUUUAUCAAGGUUUACACUCUGUUUUCUUUCUUUCUUUCUUUCAUCUUUUUGGAGGAAAUCCCUUGCUUGGUUGGUCGUGCGCGUGUGAGAGAUGACGAGUGGGGGGGAGGCGUUGUGUUGAAAACUCAGGUAUCCUGCUUUAAGUGGAUCGGGUCCUCUGGGCGAUGGAGCGAGCUCUUACUGGGUGGUUGUACAGACUUGUAAAAAAAUUUCUAUAGAUUGUUGAAAGCAUAACAGGGCGUUUGAAACAUGAAGGCCAUUUGCAAAUUAUAGGCUGUUGGGUGAAUAUUGCCUUGCUUCUGUACGUCUUUGUUUAUUCGUCAGUGUUUGAUUUUUAUAUAUUUUUUUUCCCUACUCUCCAGUUUUUAAGUUGUCAUCCCUCCACUAUUGUUUUGCUGUUGAUUCUCUUCACUUUUUUUUUUUUUAAAUCCUCACUCUUUGCUGUGGCUGUAAUGUUGUGGUAGAAUGUAAAUGCUGGCUGGGUGUUUGAUUUUGAAGCCUCCCCAGUUUAGACACUGGAUGCUGUCUCCGGCCUUCAUUCCAGGAGGGGGGGGGGGGGGUAUGAGCAAGUCUGUCGGCUCGGCCUCAUCCCCCCCCCCCCCCUUUUUUUUUUUUUGCUGUGCGUGAUUGCUCAGAUCAUCUGAGGUUUCGUCCAUCCAUUCCAUUGACACGGCGGUGCCAUCACCCUGUUCAUAAAUCAGCAGACUCUCUUCGUCUUCCUAGGAGCUGCAGCGGUACUUCCUCUGGGUACCUUUAAUUGCACUUCAAGUAUAAAUGCCUUUUUACUAUAAGCAAAGUAGCCAUAAAGCAGUAGCAUGACAGCCGCAGUAUUUUUUGCAGGAAUGCGCCGUAUUACGGAGCGAGAACAGUCGACUCGAGCUCUAGAGCGGGUCGUGCCGCGCAGUGUUUGUCCGGUCGAGCAUUUCCAUUUGGACUUGGUGUGAGCUUUCCUACUGGCGCCUCUCAAUUUGUUAGAACAUCAUUGGAAAGUUCAUAGAUUUUACUAAUUUGAUUUAAAACGUACAAAGCUCAUUGAAGGGUUUAUUUCUGUUCAUUUUAAUGGCUUAUAGUGAAUGGAAACUCAAAAUUUUACAAUAUGUAGAGCCACAACAUGGCAGGAACUGCAUUCUGGGUUUUCAUUAGCUACAAGGCAUAAUCAUCAAAAUGGACAGAAAUAAACCCUUGAACUAGCUCUCUCUCUCUAUGCGUAAUGAUUCUAUGUAAAGAGUUUCACGUUUUUGUUUAAUUCUAGAAAUCAACUUUUCAAUGAUAUUCCAACUCGUUGAGAUUCACCUGCAGUCGCUCAAUGAUUGUGCUUUGAAAUCCCACUUUAGAUUAAAACUGCUGUCGGAUGUAAAUAUUAAGAAGCCAGAGACCAGCCGCACUGUUACUACUGUUUUUAAAAGGAUUGUGCAUAAUAGCGUUAACAGUAUAGAGCUUAAAAGACUGGCCUGGGUCGUAUGCGUUGUAGCAUACCGUUACCGGAUGGAAAGAUUGUCGAGUCCUAAACAGCGAUGAAGCAGCCUUAUAGUAUUUGUAAUGAAUGGGUCCAAUAUUAUCAGCUUUAAAAAGGUUGGAUCAGAUAGUUGUUGUUUUCAUUUCCUGUUUUUGCUUUUUUUUUUUUUUUGCAUUAAGAUGCAGUGAUUCUUGGUGAAAAAAAAUAAUAAAAGAUCAGAAGUAUUGCUUUCCUUUCUUUCCAGGAAACAUGUUAUUGAAUGAUUUCCAAACCUGUUUGUCACUGUCGUCGUCAUUGCUGUGCAGAAAGAAGCUGUCAUUAAUCUUAGGACUCUGGUGUAAUGCUCUUCAUUAUGUGUGCACGAGCUUAAGUUAAAGGAACAGUUUGUAAAGUUUGGGGGAUUGUCGCAGCGAGGGUAAAAAAAAUACCACAGUCUCCAGUGUUUACAACGAAGUACAAUUAUAAAAUGAUCAAACUGCAGAAGAGCAGCAAUGAUUUCUGCUGCUUAAAUAAUGCUAUAUAUUUUUAGAUUGUGGAACGCCUGAAGCAUUUUUCUUGUUUAGAUACAUAAAAUAAACAUCCUGUUAAUGUAUUCGUAGCCUUCAGUUGGUUGUUGCUCAUGUUUUUGUCUUUUUGGCUGAUCUGCUCUUUAUAGAGUAACACAAGGCUUCCCUUACCUGGUUCAUUAUUAGUGUUGCCUAAAUAAGGUGGAGGUGUUGCCCUUUAAAAUCAACAGCUAUCAGGGAUUUUUUUGCAACCAGAAAUAUUUUCAAACACAAUUUUUUUUAUUUAUUUUUUUAUUUUUAUUUUUUUGGAAGUGAUGGAAAAGUGUUGUAGUUCUCUUUCUGUCAGCUGACCCUAAUAGGUGAGGGAUGAAGGAAUUGCUGACAGUCCAUUAAAAGGGCUUUAAUAAGUCGUAAAAAUAGCUAGAAAGAAAAUCUUUGCAGUUUUAAAACCACAUCUGCCCCAUGUUAUUCAUUCUCCUGGCAGAUUUGAGACUUAAAGUAGUUAAUUUUUUUAACAGCAGGUUUCUUUUGACUGGAGGGUUCAGAGUCCUGACUUAAAUACGAUUAAUUUUAAACCUAAACCUGCCAGAGGUGUGAAUACUUUUAAGCGUUAGGUUAUGUAAAACCUUUGAUCUGGCUACGGAUUUAUCUCUAGUUUGGGUUUCAACAUAUUUUCUUUUUCCAAGGAAGAACUUCAUACCACCUCUCUUAAAUGCUGCUCUGUGGGGUAAAAUCUUGCUUUUGGUUACAUCUUACCAUUGAUGACGUAUUUAAGUAGUAUUCCUGGCAGCAGUGCUUCUAAUAUUGUAUAAUUUUUUACGGUGUUUUUAUAUAAUAUAGGCCCCAAUAUUAUGUUUACAUAUGCUGCAAGAAAAUAGUUAUUUAAUGGUGUUAUUUAUAAUCAUGUUUAUUUAACAGAUUUCCGCUGCUUUAAAGUGGAUUUUGCAGCAGAGGCUUUGGGUUGGUGUAUUUGUGCUUAAUAAAGUGGCUGUUUUACCAAACUGAGCUACAGGAUGCCUCCCCUGAGGCCCAGCAUUUAGCCAUUUAUUAACUUUGUGACUGAAUAACUUCCAUAAUUCAUGCCUGAGCCAGCAUUAUGCUUAAUAAGUGCUGUCGUUGCUGGUAUUUAACGCGGGUUAACCACGUAUCAUAGAUGACCUUGAGUUUAACUUUAAAGCAAAAACAGUUCGAUCCUGGUGGCUUCCCGCUUUGUAGUUAUGUAAGCAGCGUUAUCCUAAUACGAGCAACAGGAGGCGCUCACAUAAAUUUAAAAUCAGGACGUUCUUUCCGAAGUGAGCUGCUGGAAGGAGGCAGCAACGGGUGUGGGAGGGGGGAGCCACUUUAUUUCAUCCAACCCAUGCCUUUUAUCAAUCUGUUUCCCAGUGGGAUCAUUUAAGCCCCAUAAACUGAACAGCUGUUCCUUUAACUUUCAGACGGUGCCUUUGAAUAAAAUCGUCCAUUUAAUACCUUUUGACAUUCAGCUUGUUGCUGAAGUGAAUGCACAGGAAUGAUUGUUAGAAAUCAGCUAAAAAGCCACUAGUAUACUUUAGCUUUUCUUUUUGUCUCUGCUGUUGUGCAAAACCGACUCAUUAUCUUCUUUUUUUUUUAUUGUGAAAUGUGCCAUUUUCGCAAUCUGACUGAUAAAAAUGCAGCAUAAUUUGCACCUUUUGCAUGCAUAUUUCUAUUUGUCGCACUUUCUGGGGUUUUGCAAGAAGUGGUACUUAAGGCUCAAUAUCUUUCAAACACAUUUUUUGUUUUUAAUAUGUCCCCUUUUUUUGUAGGAAUGCGCAUCCGUUCAUUAUUUAAAAAACGACAAAUCUUCAGCUGAUCUGUUUUUUUUAGUUUUUCUAGUUUUGAGUCGGUGGUUGUUUUUGUUUCUUUUAACACUGGAAAGCAAUCAUUUAGGUGUACAUUUCAUUUUGUGUGACUUUGCUGGUGGUUUGUAGUCCAGUCUCCUUUGUUUGCUUACUCACGGCAGUGCUGUUGGAUUUAUCGAACGGUGUCAAAAAAAAAACUAAAAUAAUAUUUUUUUUUAAAAAACAGCUUCAUUUGAAAAUGUUAGUUUUGUUUGUCUGCAGCUUUUUUUUUUUCCUCAUUAAGACUUCAGUGCCUUUUUGAAAAUUCGUGUUGAUUGUAGAUGUUUUCACUGGGGGUGGGAGGAAAUCUGGAAAAUUUGUAUAUUUUACAAAAUAUUAAUUUGAAACUGGUACUAAAUUACUACAGCAAAAGAGAUGAAAUGUUAGUCGAUGUCUGAAACCUGGUUUCCACCGGUUUUGCCUAAAAGAUAUUCUUUAAACAAUCAUAUUUAAUCUGGGAAGUGUAGGGAUGUCAAGAAGCUAGUGAGAAGCUCUUAUACUGCUGAAUAAAGCUAAAAUUAUGACUUUA